CUCGAAUUCGAAAUACAUUCGGGUGAGCGAUGAAGCAGACGAAAUUCCGCCAUACAUAUCAGCAACAUGAACGUCGGCGAUAUCACUCAACUAUCCUACAAGGAACUGCAGGCUCUGGCCCUGAGGUAUCAUAUACCGGGCAACGUCAAGAAGAAAGCGUUGAUCAAAGUCCUGCAAGCCGCCAAAAGCGGAAAUGAACUGGAGUUCGAUCGAUUACUGCAGGAAUUGAGGAAGAGUCGGAAGAGGAAGACGAGGAAGUUGAAAGAUUCCAGACUUGGAAUAACAUCGACGCCGUUGCAUAGUCCAGACUAUAUGAUGACUGAUGAUGAUUAUUAUUGUCAUCAACAGCAGCAACAGCCGCCUCAACAACAGCCGGCUUAUCAGUGGUGCUUCCCGUUUUUGCAGAUCGGCGCCGAGGAGGAGAUUGUGAGCAAGGAUGACGAAACCAAGAUCCCGCACUAUGAGGAGUUCAAACAAUUCUUACUCAAGAGAAUUCAGCGGGAGUUUCAAGCAUGCGACAACAAUAACAACAACCAAGUGCAAGAUUUGAGUAUCGUGAACCUGCGGACGACAUCGAUACCGCCCAACCUGUCAACAGUCCCUCUUGAUGAAUCGAGUUAUUCUAAAGCAAAUUUAAUUAAUCACAUUGAUCCUUUGGCGAUCUCGUCAAAUGGCAGAUCGAACUAUGAAAUAAUUAAAGAGCCCGAAAAUGGAUCGCAAGGCUCGUUUCUGCUGAAGAGAAUGCUGCAAGCGCCAGUAGGUGCCAAUUUGGGCGAAAUCGCCAGCUCAAUCUUCUGGACCAGCAAUCUGCUGGAUAAUUCCGAUACCCUGACCGCCGAAUCGGAGAACAAUGAGAAUGAAAAUGAACUUGAGACUAACACCAAUGAGUAUUAUGGCUUACUGAAAAACACCAGAGGCGAUUUUGUACUUAAUGACGCAAAUCUGAUGUCUCAGCAGGUUCCAGGCGCAAUGACAGGCGAUGAUCAGUACAGGUUUUCUGCUGACGUGGACAAUCGGCCAAAUCCUUAUCAGAACUGGACGAUCACCAGCGUCAUGGAAAUGCCUGAUAGCGAUCUCCAGACUUCCAAAGUAUACCACGCAAUCUACUACAACAAUACGCAACAAGAUCUCGCCGUGACUACUGCAAAUGCGGACAAUAAUUUAACUUAUCAGUAUCAGACUGAUACCGCCUAUAACGGCAGCCAAAACUUCUUCAAUAUUGAUGCGCAGGACGCAUCAAACUAUGCGACUGGUACGGAUAUGAUAGUUAACGAUCCCAACGAUAUUUAUUAUCUGCAAAAUUUCGGCAAACACAGUGGAGAGAUGGGAACAAGUUAUUUUCGCAACGUAGAUACUUUUGGACAAAACAAUGCACAACAAAAUACUUAUAUGAACGAUCAGCAAUAUCAGUAUCAUUAUCCUCGAUUUAUUCAGGAGACGAACAAUACAUUAAACGAGAGAUUGGAUCAGCAGCAAAACAAUGUGCCAGGAAUGGAAAAUGAUGUUAAUCACGGAACUGAUGCGGCGAAUAUGCAGAGACCAGCGAAUGGAAUAGAGCCAUACUGGCCGAAGUGGACCACCGAGACCAAUAAUCUAGAGAACAUCCUGAACUACCGCAUGUCUAAACAAGUAGAUUACUCCAAGUUGAGUCAGACAUCCUGUGUUUACUGCUACGUGGCUCCGAUCGUUUCGCAACGAUCAUUGACGAAUAACGGCCGCUGUUCGGUUGAACGAAGAUAUACUGCCGAGCAGCGGCAACAUUCCUUUUCGCCUUAUUGGAUGUUGUACAAUGACGCAUCACAGGGUGUGCGAAUGACGAAUAUAUCCAGUGAUUCGUUCGUGCAACACGAUACGACGACGACAAUGCAUACAAAUAUUAUUCCCGGUAACGACAUCCUGAAAGAUAUCGUCGGCGACGUUCCCGAGGCUCCCAUCAAUGACGUAUGGAUGAAUCAAUAUGAAUCGUCGUCCAUCGGUGACGAUAUGACCAUCCCAAUCUCGGAUUCGAUUUUCUGUAAUGACAUUUCCAGCGCGUCAAAGACUUAGAGCUUGCUCAAAACAUUUGCGACAGUAAACGGACAAUAAGAGAGAUUUUUGUGAUUGAAUAAUGUUCUCUAUAAGUCAUAGAAUGAUGAUAAAAGACUGUUUCUCCGGAACGAUUAAAAUUUUUUCAAGUUAUGGAAGGAUGUCUGGAUUAUUAUUCUGAUUUGGAAUUGGAACAUCUGAAGUCUCUUUUCAUUUUCGAGCACUGCACAGUAACACUUAAGUAAUUAUGUUGCGAAAUUCCUGACACAAGAUUCAUUAACAUGCUCUUCUGCGUUUCCGCAUUACUUCCGAUGAGUGACACGCGCAAUUAUUUUCCCGGCUUGAAACUGGAACGAGAACGAUAUUUGAAUAGAGAUCAAUAGCAAACAGAGAAGUUGAAGCCGAAAUUAUUUGAUGAUAGAUAACCAGAUCUAUCUCUGAAUGCCCAUUUUUUCAGCUUUGAAUAGUUAGUUACUUUAUUUUGAAUAAAUAUAAACACUCCACUCAAUCUAUCUUAAAACUAAAGAGGG